GUCAGCUGAUUGUGCUCUUGAAGUCAAUGUCCCACCCAUUAAAAUGUGGUCCCACCCAUUAAAAUGUGAUCCCACCAUUAUCUUCUCAUUUUAACAACAACGAUAUCAGUCUGCAAGGAGUGCUGUAAUAUUCUAAUCAAAGUUGAAAGUACAGUGCCAGUGAGUGAAAUAACAAUAACCAAGAGAAGCAAUGGCGCUCACUAAGGACCUAAUGCACCCUACUUUGGAGGCUGAGAGGCAAAGACACAAGAAGAAGAGGCUGGUUCAGAGUCCCAACUCCUACUUCAUGGAUGUAAAAUGCCCUGGCUGCUACAGGAUCACCACAGUGUUCAGUCAUGCCCAGAGAGUGGUGCCCUGUGGCGGCUGCUCCUUCGUCCUGUGCCAGCCCAGAGGGGGGAAAUGCCGCCUCACGGAGGGCUGCUCCUUCAGAAGAAAGCAACGCUGAGUGAGAUUUCAGUAGUGAGCUAUCAACUGUGAUAGUUGUAAAUUGUGGACCAUGGAUGUUUCGUAAAAUAUUAAAUUAUAUUGAAUGGGGAUUAUUCAGUUGAGCUGAUUGACAGUGUUUUGUCCUUAUGAUAAAGAUUACAAUAUUGUUCAGCUACAAUAUGCCUUUUCGUAAUGAAUAGGUAUAAUAUACUGUAUGCUGAAGUGGUUUGUCUCUGUGUUUGACAUUUCUAUUUUUCUUACUAAAUAAUAAAUUAAAUAAUCUCUUGA